GACCUGUUAGAAAAUAUAAAUACGUCUCCUCUCUUCCAUUUCUUCUCUUAUUAUUUCUAGGCGAGGCCGAGGCGAUUUCUGAGGAAUCUAUAUCGGAAUUCAUGUCGGAAACGGGUCGACCAUUGCCAAAGUUCGGUGAAUGGGAUGUCAAUGACCCUGCUUCGGCUGAAGGAUUCACUGUAAUCUUCAACAAGGCUAGGAAUGAGAAAAAGACAGGCGGCAAGCUUGAUUCACCAGCAAAAGAUGAUUCCACCACUAAGAAUGGAUCAGAUUCUGCCAAGCCUCAGGGUAAAAAAUGGCUUUGCUGUGUUCAACCUGCUUAUGCUGAGUCUUGAUGGUAAGCUUGAUAGUGCCUAAUUGGAAGAUCGAACUCAUCCAAUAUCCGACUUCCUCAGAUUUCCUUAAAAGACCGGAGAUGUAGGUAGAGCUAAAAAGGUUGCGAGGGGUCCCGCCUGAAUUGUUUGUUGUGCUGUAAAAAAAAUGGGUCGACGAAAACCAUGAGUUGGGGAAAGGGAAAAGUUAUAGUAGACAAGCUUUAUUAUUGUAUUUAUGUAUUCUGGUUCUGUGGGCAUUAUUAUAAGCUGAGCUCUGUUUCCUUUCUCCUAUAUAAUAUAUUCUUUACUGCUUGUCUGUGACAUUUUCUUUUUAUUUUUA